AGCAACUCUUCUCCGUAUCGAAAGCCGAUCUUCCUCUUUCAUUUUCUAAUUCUUUACAUUUCUGUUCAUGCUGCAGCUGGGGAGUCAUACUGCUCCUUGACUUCGUUCCUGCCCGGCAGGUAUUUGCCCGCUCAUCCCUGGUGCCGUAUCACGAAGUGUCUCCUGCUCCGCCCCGCGCUUCGUCCCUCAAUAUCCGACUGCAAUUGAUGUUAGUAUAGUUCAUCCAUUGGAAGCGAAACGCAACAAGACCGCCUCCCUAAAGAACCGGUUCUAGUCGACGAGAUUAAACCAAUCCUCAACCAGCUUAAACGGACAUUAAACAAGGGAGAAGCAAGCUCAACCCGAAUUGAACCUAUAGUCCAACCGUAUAGAAUAUUAUCAAUUUCAAGGAAAAGAAAAAAAAAACACGUUAACUCAAAAUGUCGCAAAUCAACUACCGCACGAUCAACAUCGAUGUCUACGAUCCGGACUCCUCCAUAAACUUCCCUAUGGAUACCCUCCUUCCACCUAAUCUCCCGGCCCCCGCGACAUCAAGUGAGGCCGCAGCUGCUGCGACACAGGUACGUCAGAUGCUGCGCGGAGGGGAUCCUGAGGGAGCGCUAAGGGCCGUACUCGAUACGGCGCCGUUAGGAGGCGAUGACCGCGCGAAGGAGGUGCAUCUCGCUACUGUUAUUGAGGUUCUACAGGGGAUUCGGCAGGGGGAGAUGCUGAGGGUUUUGGAGGGUGUUUGUACCGGAGAGGGGGGUUCAGAGAGGGCUGAUUGUUUGAUGAAGUACCUUUACAAAGGAAUGGCUGCUCCGGCUCCUUCUAGCGGUGCCCAGUCCCCUCGCAAAUCGAUUUCGCCGCAGAGUACCGGGUUUUCGCAGAUUCAGGCUCGGAAUUUCGGUGAGGGCGGUGGCGGACAGCAGAUGAGUGUGCUUCUUAGCUGGCAUGAGAAGUUGGUUGAGCUUACGGGUACCGGGUCCAUUGUUCGAGUCAUGACUGAUCGAAGGACUGUAUAAGAGUUUAUUCGUUAGAUAGGGGGAGUUGAUAUCAAGCAUUAGGGUGGUUUUCCCUUUUUCUCUUACAUCUGGAUUAUUGAAAAUUGUGGCCUACCUUUGAUACCGAAGGGGGAAAAGAAGUAGGGCUUCCCUUUUCCAUCUCUUUUAUCAUGGAAAUCUGCUUCAUUUAUUAGGAUCAUUGGGCGAAAGGGGCUGGUUGCAUAUGAAAUACAAUGUGAAGGUCGGAU